AUGCAACAACAAGUCGUUUCGUUAAUGACUCUUCAUACUGAUGAUAAAAAGAUUGAUUGUUUUAGUUACAUUGUAAAACAAUGUAGUUUUUAUGUUGAAAAUUUUGGUAUUAUAGUUAAAAGAGUACUAUGCAAACCAUGGCCAUUAUUAUCAAAACAAUCAAUACGAAAGAAAAAGAAACAAAAAUCGACGAAUCCACAUACGUGCGAAACAAUCACUCCAAUCGAUGUAAUAUCACUUUUUCAAUCCAAUAAUCUACAUCAACAAUCAUUAACUGUAACGUCAAUACAAUCCAAAACAUCAAUAAAAAGAUCUAAACCACAAAUAUCAAGACAAUUAUUAGAAAGUUUAGUGACUGUUAUCGAUUCACAAAUGCCUUUAGCACAAAAUUAUAAAGAUGAUGUAUCAUUACUUGAAUCUGAAGCUGCCUUAUCAAAAGUAAAAGUGCCUAGUAUUAAUACGGAAUUUAAUAUAUGUCAAGAAAGUAAUACAAAAGUUAAUUGUAGAACUAAUCUUGAUAGAAAUGGUUUGUCUUCAAAUAUUGCUAAAGCAACAACAAAUACAAAUAUUAGUAAUAUGUUAGCUGAUGAUGAUCUGCCUGAAACUGUUUCUACUGUGAGUAAUAAAUCAUAA